CAAACAGUACCUUUGAAUAGUUCGGUGGUGUGAAGUCAAGAUACAAAAUGAUUCGUGGUUUUGUUUUGUUGUGUGCUCUCUACUUUUUGGCUUUGACCUCCUAUUCGGUUAAUGCCAUGACAAAUGAACAAAGGGCAGUGAUAAGGGAGCACUUUGAGAAACUUGGUAUCGAGUGCAUCGGAGACAACCCGAUCACUGAGCAGGACAUCAACGACCUGCGGGCCAAGAACGUGCCCUCAGGACCUGCUGCCCCAUGCUUCAUAGCCUGCGUCUUGAGGAAAUGUGGUGUGAUGGAUGACCAUGGCAUGCUGAAUUCUGAAAACGCUCUGGAUUUGGCGAGGAAAGUGUUUGAUGACGAAGAAGAACUCAAAAUUAUUGCUGAUUAUCUCCAUUCGUGUAAUACUGUAAACUCUGAAGCCGUAAGUGACGGAGAGAAGGGCUGCGAGCGAGCAAUUAGCGCGUACAAAUGCAUGAAGGAGAAUGCACCCAAGUUUGGCAUCGACGUUUAAUGAAGAACAAGUUUGCAGCAUCAUCACUAUUAAGACCUCUCAAAACAUCAAAAAACUAAAAAUAUUUCACAAAAAUAAAAUUAAUGAAUUUUGAAUUAAUGUACCUAUAAACGCAACUUACUCGUACGUAUUAUCUCGACAAUGUAAUAUUGGAUAAUAUUUGACUUUGGCUGAACGAAUAAUGGAAAAUAUGAUUUAUUAUGACUUAAUUAGUUUUUUAAUUUAAUAAAAUGGAAGUACUCAUU